UUGCAGCCGGGGGAUGAAUUCAACCCGAAAGAUGAAAACGGGAAGGGCCUUUAUCACAAGACGGAUCUCUGCGCUACUUGGGAGGCUUUGGAGGAAUGUAAGGACGCCGGCCUGGUGAAAUCUUUGGGGGUCUCCAAUUUCAACCGCCGGCAGCUGGAACUGAUUCUGAACAAGCCUGGACUGAAACACAAGCCCACCAGCAACCAGGUGGAAUGCCAUCCCUAUUUCACCCAGCCUAAGUUACUGGAGUUCUGCCGGAAACACGAAAUUGUCAUCGUGGGCUACAGUCCGAUCGGGACCUGUCGCGAUGAAUCAUGGGUGAAUUUGUCCCCCCCACCUCUUCUGGAGGAUCCUACCUUGAAUGCCAUUGGCAAAAAGUAUGGCAAGACAUCAGCGCAGGUUGCCCUGCGUUUCAACUGCCAGAGAGGGGUUGUGGUCAUUCCUAAAAGCUUUAAUCCAGAACGGAUCAGAGAGAACUUCCAGAUUUUUGACUUUUCUCUGACGGAUAAAGAGAUGAAGGAGAUUGAGGCUUUGAAUAAAAACAUUCGCUACGUGGAACUGUUGGAGUGGAGCGACCAUCCAGAAUAUCCCUUCAUAGACGAGUACUGAGCGCAGGACAGCAUGUUCCACGUCUAGGACAUGGCGUGAUAUUGUUUCUGCAGGAGACCAUCCCACCUACAUAAAAAAAAAACAAAGACGAAUCAGGGAAAGGAAUCACCUCUGUUCAGCCAGAUUUGUGAUCGGCUCUUUCUGCACUGAAGGACUUUGACAGCUGUUUUAUAUCCGAUACGAUUGUAUUUACAACUGAGCUGUUCUAUUUUUUUUUUCAUAUAUCUCUUUUUAAUGCAAUAUUUCUUCCAACCUGUUGUUUUUCGUUUCCUUCUCUCACUUUGUAAAAUAACUAGUUUAUGCGCGGCCGGAGCUGACUGGUUAUAUAACUGUAGUGUAUCUUAUUCUUGUAUAUGAAAGUAUAUACAGAAUAGUGGUAUGAAUAGGAUAAAUGUAGACUUCUAUUAUCAAAUUGGGGACGGGAUGUACUUGUUGGCAGAGUGUUCUGGGCUAUCUGGUGCAGUGACGUCAGUCCAAACACUAGUGAACACAGGUGACACAGAUGUAACACUGAUAGCGGUAAUCAGGAGCCCAUAUAUCACACAAGGUAACAGCAUUAGGUAGUGGUACUUAUCAGGAGAUAUCUGUGGUUGUGAAGCAUGGAGGACUGCACAGUCGUGCAGUCUGUCUCUCAGCUGUAAAGAAGAUGAUGAAUGCACUGGAAACGCUGUGAGUCUCUGUAGCUGAGAUCUGCUCCCGGUCUCAGCUCUGCACACUUGUACUCCAGGACUCUGUCUCUCUGUGUGUGUCACACUCUCCUCACUCUCUCUGAGAUGGAGGAACAGGAACUUACAUCCUAUAACGCCGCCUCCGAGUGACUCCUGGCACUAUAGGUCUAACACUAGGGGAUAAACCCAUAAACUAAUACACAGAAGAAGACAGGUACAGAGUGUACCAUAUCCUAACACUCCCCCUCGCUCAAGACUGUCUCCGGUCACAAGUUUAACGAACAUGACAUUUUAUCAAACAAAUCAAUAAAGUCACUCCUGUAACCGAAAACAUAACGUGAAGCAAAAACAGUAAGACCAAAUCAACAUUAACCACAUUCUAGUCCACAUUCCAUCAGGAAUGCAAGUAGCAAGUGUGAUGACAGUCCUUUUGUCAGCAUGUCGGCAAUAUUUUCUUCACUUGCAACAUAUUCCACAGUGACGGACUUGUUUUCCACCAACUCACGAAUGAAAUUAUGUCUUAUAGCAAUGUGCUUAGACCAUCCAUGAUGCUUUGUGCUACAAGAAAGAUCAAUUGCUCCCUUGUUAUCACACUUUAUGUUGAUGAUUUCACUGUGGUAAAGAAGACCUAAUUCACAUAAAGUCUCUCUUAUCCAAA